AUGAACGGAGAGCUUAGUCCUUCGUAUAACCUAACUGAGAUCAAUACAUUUGAUCAAACAUUUUGGGAUCCAAUGUCUAAAAAGAGAACAUUCAAUGAACUGUCGGAGCCAUUGCCUCAUCAAAUAAUAACUCCUCCAAGCUCAACAACAAGGAUCGCUCAUAAGAAACCCGAGCCAUCAUCCUCGGGAAACUCCACCUCAAAUGAUAACUCUUCUCCAAUUGCACAAUCAAAGAGAAAGAGACAAAAAUCCGAAGGAUCUACGCGUUCGAAUGGUAAUAUGACAUUGAUCGAGCUAUUAGAAUCUUUAGAAAAACGUUCCACAGCUCAACGAGAUCAGUUAUCAGACAAACCUCCAUAUUCUUACGCGCUUUUAAUCGUUCUAGCAAUUCUUCAAUCUGAAUUGGGGAGGAUGACGCUAUCACAAAUUUAUAAUUGGAUUACAGAUCACUUUCCAUUUUACAAGCUUAGUGAGGCCAGUUGGCAAAAUUCAAUUAGACAUAACCUUUCAUUGAAUGAAGCCUUUAUGAAGACAGAAAAGUCCUCGGAUGGUAAGGGACAUUUUUGGGAAGUGAAACACUCAUCUAUAAAUAAAUUUUUCAAAGGUGAUACCGGUGAUUAUGAUACUAUUAGAAGCAAGUUAAGGAAUUUCGAUUUCUUUGUACAGGACCCUACAACUACCAAUGGCUCCAUGAUAAAUAAUGCCGCGGUGAAGACUGAAAAACUAUUGAUGGAUACUACAUCACAAAUUAAUUCUUCAGGGGCUAUGAUGCCAAAUGAGUACAGGGGAUCUUUACCAACUAUAAGAGAGGAAAGUUCCAAAAUCCUUGGGAAUGCUACUCCUCUCCCUAGUAUUGAAAUUACAAAGCCAUCUCCUGCAAUUAACGUAAAUUCAGAAAAUCAGUUGGAAAAUACACCAUCACCAAUCAACAACUUUGAAACCAUCGAUGCUAAUACAAAUUUUAAUAUGUCUCUGAAUAUAAGCAAUAGAAUUAAUUCCGAGGAUAAAUCGAAAUCUCAAGAUAACUAUUUGGAUCCUCCAUAUCUAAUGCAGCGAUUUCAUACUACAAUAGGAUUGCAAACUUUGCCUGGUGUAAAUAACAGUCCUCAUCGUCUCAGGGAUUUUGCUCAAUCUAAUGAAUUGUUUAACAAUGGCAAUUCGUCAUACUCUUCCUCUGUUUCCAAUAUCUUAAAAUCACCUACUGAUUUGAAAAGAUAUACAUGUUCCUUUAAUUCUAAUUUUGAAGUCUCUCCAGGAUCGAAUAAUUACACUAGAUUCUCUUCCAAUAUAUCAUCAUCUCCAUUAAAUAUUGAUGGUGGACAAUCCCCUUCCGGAUUGCAAGACUCAAUCUCGAAACUUCAACGAACUCCAGAACCAAACAAAAAUUUAGAAAAGACACCUUCAAGAUUCAUUACUACACCCUUAGAUAGCAAUUCAAUCUUAAAGAAAUCUCAAACUCCUUCUCAUUUGUUUGAAGAUUUAUAUUCUUCUCCAAUAUUCAAAGCUAUGGGGACACCUGGUGGCGUAAAUAUUAUGAAACCUUUUUCACCAAGAAAUUUCUCUAGUCCAAAUUCAAGAGAUGAUGUAACAAGAGGUAGCUUUUCAACUAGCAGAUUAUUUGGGGUUGAUGUAUAUUCUGUUUGGAAACGUGCUACGGAAGGUACUUCAAAAAAGGCAGAUGAAACCGAGAAAGAUAAAGAUGUAGGAAAGAGCACUAAGGACACUAAGGAUGUUGGGAAGCUGGAUUUCCCAUUUAAUUCAAAUCGAAGAAGUGCAGGGGGGUGA